CACACAUGUCAGUUCAGUUCCAUAGAUUGCCUAGCAAGGAGCGGCAGGUGUUCAUAAGUCGUAAUCCGGAGUUUUGUUUCAUUUCCUUAAGAAAUAAUUACGGUGCCAGUCAUUUUUUCUGCAGUGGUUUCAUUUCAUUAUAUAUACAAUGUCGGAGGUGAAAACUUAUUCUCUCGCGGAAAUUAAAACCCACAAUACCAACAAAUCUACCUGGAUAGUGAUUCACAAUAACAUCUACGAUGUGACGGAGUUUCUAAAUGAGCAUCCCGGAGGUGAGGAAGUUUUGUUGGAACAGGCCGGCAAAGAGGCCACGGAGGCAUUCGAAGAUGUUGGUCACAGUACAGAUGCUCGCGAAAUGAUGAAAAAGUUCAAGAUCGGCGAACUGAUCGAAUCUGAGCGGAAACAAGUUCCGGUCAAGAAGGAACCCGACUGGAGCACUGAUCAGAAAGAUGAAAACUCACUCAAAUCCUGGAUUGUGCCUCUGAUCCUUGGACUGCUAGCGACCAUCAUUUACCGGUUCUACUUCAGUCAGUAAUGCGUUCGUGUGUCUAGCGUGUACACAUACAAUGCCCGCUCCAUUCCAUAAUGCGCAACAAUAGCGUAAAACGAAAUCCAAAACAACACAUUAUUGACAACACAGGAAUACUUUUACUGAGUGCUUUGAAGGCACAAUGGAACAUCUACAUUUGAUUAUAUUCUACUAUUAUAUGACGAUAAAGGAAAGUACGGAAUCAAUCAAGACAGGGGGUCUACAAACAAUUUGAGCAUUGCAAAUCUAGCCAAGCGAUCAGACGCGCCCGAGAGAUAAAACCAAAAUUUAAAUUGAUUUCUUAGAAUAGACGACGAUAAACAAUGCAAUCGAGCCACAACAUAUUGCCGAGGUGCAAGCAUAAGAUUUUUCCAUGAGAAGUAAACAGUAAAACAGCAUUUGAGUGCGCUAGAUUUUAUUAAUUACUCUUUAAGAUUGUUGGAUGCAUAAUGGUAUAGAUAGGGGUUUUAACACCGAUUUCGAUUUUGUAACUCAGACCUUAGUUUUUUUUUCAUAACCAUUUUCCAGUUACCACAGACAACAGGCGUCAAAUAUACAAGUUGUGUAAUGUUUUGAAAUAUAGUAAGCAACAAGUAAAAUGGACGAGAUAUUACAAAUCACCAGGAUCGUUUUCUCGGUUGAUAGGUGACAAAAAAUUAUUAAAGCUAAUUCCAUUUAAAUACUUACGCAAAUUAUUUUCACCAUGGUUCUCUUAACUUGACCCCUGUUCUACGUGGUUAUACUAUAAAAUGCUAUGGAUGUCUUGUUCGGGAAUAAACUCAACCUAUAUUUGUA